GUGUACGUAAGACCGGAAGUGUCAUGUGGCGUUGACGCACAAUCAAAAUGUCAGCCAUUUUCAACUUCCAGUCACUGCUCACAGUGAUUCUUCUCCUGAUAUGUACCUGUGCCUACAUCAGAGCGCUGGCUCCCAGCCUGCUGGACAAGAAUAAGACCGGGCUUCUUGGGAUUUUCUGGAAGUGUGCCAGAAUAGGUGAGCGGAAGAGUCCUUGGGUGGCCUGCUGCUGUAUCGUCAUGGCGUUUAGUAUCCUGUUCUUACAGUAGCCAUCCAAAGAGGAGGAGAAGGAAGGAAACGGUGAUAACAAGAACAACAUGGACAAUGAAUGCUAUUGUAGAAGCACAGCAAGAACUCCAGUGUUGGAUAAUGUACAAAUAGGGAAAUGCCCUCACUCCUUGUAGACAUGGACCAGAGUAUGUCCAUUCUUCUGCGGACACAGAGGUCUGUCCUUGUUCCAUUCUUGUGGAUCCACCUGGGUAGAGAGAGAAUUGAUAUUCUCAAAUCAAUGUCUGGGAUCAAACGAUGCUUGUCCGAAACGUCUCAAACAAUUGCCCCCCCCCCCCAGAAAUUGUGAUCUUUGUUCUCAAGUUUGCUUUUAUGUUUUUGUAGAUGGGUUGGGCGUGGAGACGUGUCUUUUAUUAAUCUCAUCACCCCAUUGUUGAUCUAAAAAAAAAUCACCUUCAUAUUCCACGGUAGGCUCAAGCGGACCAAGGAGAAUGAUGUAAAUUGUAUCGCCCCUGCUUGUUGCAGUGAGACAGGCCUUGUGAUAACCUCCGAUGUGACCUUCCUGUCAACACUCACCUGCCUUGGCGACUGUUAGCUGACAACAGAAUGUGAGCACAUGCGCAGUAAGACCAAUUAUUUUGUUGCCAUUAUGUCCUACACUCACAAAACUGUACAAACAAAUGGCUUCCAACACAAGAGCUGUAAAAGAACGUCACAAUCACAUCACAAGAGAAAAACCCCAUGUAAAAUCUUAGGUUAUUUUGUAAUGACAAUGUACUGUACCAAACACAAUAAAGUCAAUGCCCCACUUUAA